AUUCGUCAUGUUGCGAAACAUGGUGGACGAAACAGAAGUACCGCCUGGCUGCAGGGCAGUCAGGAUUCUAAAUCGGGAGUAAGUGGAAUCCAGAAUAGUGGUUACUACAAUGAGAACACGCUGACGUACAACAAUAAAUACACAUCUCUAAUAUUGGCUGUCCCGGUAGAUCAACCGCAACAGAGAAUGCAUGUGAUCGUGACCGACGCCUCGAAUAAAACGAGUGCGGAGAAGGCUGCAAUCGGAUGUAUCUUUAUAGCAUUUUUCAUCUUCUGCGGGGUCGCAAUUUUUCUGUUUAUUACGCUCUGCUGCAAAUGCAGUGAAACUGUGAUGGGGAUCCUUGUAUCUGUGGCCGGUGGUUUUGCACUUGUGUUUGCGAUCGUCGCCUUCGCAUCCUUCCACAAACCACUGAUCGACCUGAAAGGUAUGGUACCUAACGUUGGCGAGUGGUUAUUCGGUGGUAUCGUCGCUGGAGCUACGGUUAUUCUUACAGCCCUGACAAUGGCAGUCUCUUAAUCCACCAACACAGAUGAAACAAACUAGGACGUGAACACUUAUCGCGGCCUGGUAUCCACGCAACUCUGAUAUCCGUGUUACCUUGUUAACUCUGUUCGCCUUUGUUCCCUGCUUCAUGAAACGUUAUUGAAAACUGCUCGCAAAACAUCAUUUAUUGCGCUGAAAUUUUGAGAAACUUUUUUUCUUGUGUCUCAGAUUAUAUACACUUUCCAGAUAAACGUCAAAC